AUGGAACUAUCGUACAGACCGCAUUCCAUCCAAGAUCUUCUGAUAGCAUUCAAAAAUGAAAUAAAAAGAGCAACGCUUGCAAGUGCGUUAGAUGCAUUGGUGGAAAAAGACCGUGUGAUAAGCAAGCUGUACAACAAGAGUGCGGUUUACGUGUACAACUACGGCAAUGCGUGUGUGAAUGGUGGUGAUGUACAUGAAAUAGAGGAACGUGUGAAGGGCGUUGAGCAAGAGAUAUGUGGCUUGAAAGAUGGCAUAGCUCGGCUUAAGGAGUAUCCGUCCGAUGAGCAGUUGAUGCACAUGAUUGUAGAGCUGAGAGAAAGAAAGGAGAGGGUACGUGCUGAGAUGGAUGAGAUAAGGAAAGCAGGUAUUGAUAAGAAGGAAUAUGACAGGGUCAUGGGCAUGUACAAGGAAUUGGUUGGGAUAAAGAAGUGCAGAAUGGGCAUUCUUAGGAACAUCGUGGACGAGCUGUGCGAGGGGAUGGGAAAAAAGAAGGGAGCGAUUGUUGAAGAGUUGGGGUUGAGUGGUGAGGUACUGAAAAAGUGA